AUGGACAACCUUAACAUCACCUUCUGCCAAAAGGAUCAGUCAGACGAUAGUGAGGGUCCGCUCAGAUCUGGUGACAUGAGCGUGGACGAAAACCAUGAUACGGUGCCACCUCCAUCAUUUGUGACACUUCGUAAAACAACCUCAAGUACCAUAGAUCCAGACUUCAGGAAUGAACUUCAAUCUUUCCAAAAUAAAAUUCUCAGCAUGAUGGAGGGUUACUUUUCACGACAGGACGAAAAGAUCUCCAAACUGGUAAAGGAUACUGAGGAUGUCAAGACCUCAAUAGGAGUUAUGAGUGACAUAUUUGAUGAGUUGAAAAGGAAAGUUGAGGAUGUUGACCAUCGAUUGAGCGAGCUGGAGAAAAAGACAAGUACUAUAUCAUCAGAGACAGAUCAUAAGGAAAUUGGUGAGCUACAGGCAAGGCUGGAUUACAUGGAACAAAUAUCGAGAAGUUGUAAUGCCGAAAUCAGUAAUGUUCCGGAAAGGCGUGGCGAGAACUUGCUAAAUGUAGUACAUAAUAUAGCCAGUAUUAUAAAACAGCCAGUGACUUCACAAGACAUUGUCGCAGUUCAUCGAGUACAACAAAUGAAUCCGACCAGCUCACGACCGAAGAAUAUAAUUAUUAGAUUCUCAAGUCAAAUAUCGCGUGACAACUUUAUAUCGGCAGCACGCCUGAAGAAAAAUAUUACUUCUGAACAACUCAAAAUAGAGGGAACGUCUCAUAAGAUCUACAUCAACGAGCAUCUAACGUUAAAUAACAAAAAGUUAUUUCGUCGAGCAAGAGAUGCAGUCAGACAGCAUGGAUGGAGAUUCAUCUGGGUCAAACAUGGAAACAUCUUUGUUCGUGCAAAGGACACUUCUCCUGCGUUUACUAUACGUUCUGAAAAAGAUAUACUUAAAAUUAAACCACUUGAUGUUGCUGAAACAUAG